AUAUCCCAUGCUGCUUUGCGUUUCGUGCGCGUGCGCACGCGACAUGCCGACAAAUUGACGGGACGUGAGUGGAAUAGCGCGAUAUUUUUAAUAAAAAGUGAGGUUUUGUCGUGGCUGACGGCGGCGCGGCUCUUCGUGGACGGGUUGCGCUGAGGCUCGACGAUCCUGUGGGUCUUUUGGAGCGGCUUAUUUUCCCAUCAUGCCGCGGCAUCACAAACCUCCUCUGAUCCAGAAGGUCGCCCGGCAGGCCCACGUGACCUGGGGGGGCUCGAAGAGUCCGUCCGGCGCGGACAGGACCGACAACCUGCUGGCCCUGGUGAGCCGGGUCCGGGCCUCGGAUCUGAGGCUGGUUCCCCGGGGCUCCGGCCCGGAGCUCGGGGCUCCUCCCGUGUCCUACAUGCACAUCUAUGAGACGGAGAACUUCAGCAUGGGCGUGUUCCUGCUGCGGGGCGGAGCCUCCAUCCCGCUGCACGACCACCCCGACAUGCACGGCAUGCUCAAGGUCUGUCACGGCUUUAUGACCUCACACCGCCGGUCACGUGGUGCUGAGUACUUUUUCCAAUGUUUCUACUACUUUGUUGAAGCCGAUAAAAACACAGACUUAGUACUGUGA